GUAUUUGUAAAUUUGGAGAAAAUAGGCAGUUAUCUUCACCGAGGUGGCGCGCGGCAAGACCGAGACCACUCAGACCCAGUCACUUCACUUCAAAACAAGAGGCGGCUGGGGGAAAAUAACACGAAUUUCGCUCUUCUAUCUACAUUUCCUGGAAGAGGACGCCAGGAUGGGGGAGAAGCUCCUGGCUACCACUGGGGACACCAUCAAGCUUUGGAAUGCCUCCACCUAUGCAUUCUGUGAAGAAAUUCCAUCUGAGAGUGGCCAUGUGAGCAGACUGGCAUGGAAUCAGGAUGGGCAGUGUCUGGCAAGCCUCAGUGACUCAGGGAAAGAAAUACACUUGUCAGCCAUCUGUGGGAAGUCUGAGGCAAACAUUGGUGUUGUGCGAGGAAUUGAAUCUCCAACAUGUCUGGACUUUGCGUCACGCUGCCCACACUACUUGGGUGUGGGGAGUGCCUCAGGGCUGGUGACCAUCUGGAACGUCAAGUCUCAGACCAAGAAGAAGGUUUUUGCACCCACUGACCGAGCCAUCAGCAGGAUUGCCUUCAGCCUCAGCGACUCUCACAUUGCAGCAGCCACCAAGAAGGGAACACUCUAUUUGCUCUCUGUCCUGAACAAACUGACUGCUGGCCCUUAUGAGGUCUUCAACAAUCAGGUGGUGACAGGUCUGACCUACAGCAGAGUGAAGAAGUCCUUGCUUGGGUGCUGCUCAGAGGGAGGAGCCGUGGCCCUGUAUGACACACACGCUAACAAGGUGUUGCAUUCCUUCCCUGAUGCCCACUCCUUCGCAGUCAAUGGCAUCUCCUUCUCCCCCGUCAAUGAGUUCCUUAUGGUCUCGGUUGGCUACGAUAAGAAGCUCUGCUGCUUCAACGUACAAAGCAGGCAGCCUGUCAUGACACACCGCAGCUCAGCGCCACUCACCAGCAUUGCCUUCCUGAGCAUGGGGCAGCUGGUGGCGCUGGGCACGAUGACAGGACAGGUGUUCAUCCACGACAUGCGCACCAUCAACACUCCGCUCGCCACCCUCAAGGCACACAAGUCAGCUGUGACCAAUGUACUCCUUCAGCCGUCCCCAAAGUCUAAGAGUGUUAGCAGCAGCAAGACCGGGCAGAGGAGCGGCGCAGCGUGCUCCCUGGCUGUCACCUCUCAGCGGCCUGUGAAGUCUUGUUCUGACAACCCCACUGCAAUGAGUCCUGAGCUGGAAGCCAAGCCACAGCCUGUGCCUGAAACUACUGACUUUGAUCUAAGUGUGUUUUCACCAGUCAGGGACACAAAUCUGCCCAGCCAGAUACAGGUUUCUGAGGGAGAUGGUCUUAACAUCCCUGACUUCAAGAUUGACGUCCCAGUGGAAAGUGCCUUCCUCCAAAGUCUGCUUUCUCCCGUCCGCACCACAGACCUGCAGAACAACCAUCACACAACAUUGGCACAUCACAUGGACAUCAAUGAAGAUAACCUACUAUCCCCAGUUAGAGAUACCACCACCAUUGCAAGGAAUGACAUUAACUUAGAAUCACCAGGGACCCAGAUGAAGUCUCCCUCUGCCAUGGAGGUGAGCCUCUCUUCUCCAACAGACAUCACAGACAAGGAGAACAUUGAACCCUCAGUUGCUGCAGCCAAGGUUCAGAGCCCAGCAACACAGCAAACAGCCUGUGACCCACCACUACCAGCAACCCAUAGUCCUGCAACACUUGAAGACAGAAGCAAGGGAAUAAACUCCUCCAUUUGGACCUCUCCAGCCCCACCAGUGAGCAUCCCCUUCACAACCCCCUCCAGGAUAAGUCCACCCAAGAAGAGACAACUGCUGAGGCCUGUGCGAGCUUCAGAUCUUGCCCCAGACACUCCAACACAACUCCAGACUGCUGUUGAUGAACCUGCUGCUGCCUCUGUUACUUCAGACAUCCCUGCUGUCAGCCAUGGAGUCCCACAGCUGCAAAUGGACUUGAUUCGCAGCUGUAUGGUGGACGUCUUGGAGGAGUUCCAGGAUGACAUGAACAGCAGAUUGAUGCACCUGCAAUAUAUCAUCACCAAAAAGUUUAUUCAGCAACAGGAAUUGAUGGAGAAGUUGCACCGCCAGUACUCCCUCAAUGAAGAGAUCAUGAAGGAGAAUGAGAGUUUGCGGCAGCAGCUGGCACGCCUGCAAGCAAAGUACUGAUGGAGCUAUGGAUAUGUGUGUGUGUGUGUACAUUAGUGAAUGACUGGAAGGAAUUUUUUGUAUAUUUUAAAUAAAACUAGGACGUCCUAAA